AUGUUCAAGAUACCCAGCCAUCUUCGCAUCGGAAGUCUACAGCUACUGAAUUCAAACGUUCCGUUACCAUUGCGCCGGACCACCACCCCCCAGCCUCACGGGCCGCAAGCGGCACAAACAAGCAAGUUCUAUGCCACUGCCUCGCAUUUCCCACAUCAGGAUUAUGCAUGGCCCAGCAACUCAUCGCUCACCCCCUAUGACGUCUUGAACCUACCCCGCGGGGCUCCGUACUCGAAAAGGAACUAUUAUGACCUCGUCAAGAUAUACCACCCAGACCGACCCUUGAAAGGCCAUCCACUGUCCCACCAAUUAACGCCCGAGAUCCGAUUGCAUCGCUACCGUAUUGUGGUCGAUGCCCACGAGCUUCUCUCCGAUCCAAGCCGGCGAGCGUCCUAUGACCGGAGCGGUGCGGGCUGGAGCCACACGGUCCUAGAUAGAACAACCGAAGAGCCAACUGGCGGGCCGAGUGUCUACGCAAAUGCCACAUGGGAAGACUGGGAGCGAUGGCAUAACCGCCACCAGGCCCCACAACGGCAUGUUGUUGACCAGCAGACCUUUGUGCGACUUGUGAUCCUCCUGGUGCUGUUGGGCGGCGCACUUCAAGCAUCCUGGAUUGGAAAGGUACAUACAGGCUUCGAGGAUCGCUUGCGCGAGCUCAAUGAAGAGUCGGCGCGCUUCUUGCGGGGUCGCAAAGAAGAAACUGUGAAGCAGAUGGUCAGCAACGAGGCCCGCGUGCAGAAUUUCCUCAUUCGGAGAGAUCCCACUGGGGCGGGCUUAAAGGAUACAGAGCAAUCCGUCUAUCAGAAAGAGCUGCACCCCCGCCGUGGGUUGGAUAAGGCACGAACUGACGAUGAGAAUAUACCAGAGUCUGGCCAGACCGGGGUGGACAUAUUGAAAAGUACAGAAGUAUCUGAUAACUAA